GACCACAAUUGUUUUCAUUUGCCCUGAUAAAACCUUGGGUAAAGUAGGAAGUUUGGUUGAUCUUCUACGAGAGCAAAGAUGGAAAAAUUCGUAUUUCUCUUGGCCUUUGCGUUUUUUGCAAAUGGAGCUUUGAUAAAGAAGGGAUACAUUCCAACAGAGUUCCAGCCCCUCUCGCAAGAAAUAAUCGAUUUUGUAAACACAUUGCCACACUCCACUUGGAAGGCUGGACACAAUUUCGAGGGGAUCUCUGUACAAUAUCUUAAAGGAUUAAUGGGAGUUAUUGAAGACCCUAAUGGACCAAGACUCAAGGUGAAGAAGCCAUCGUUGGAAGGUGUUAGCAUCCCGACAAGUUUUGACUCCAGGACAAAUUGGCCUAACUGUCCUUCAAUCAAGGAAGUUAGAGACCAGGGUUCUUGUGGAAGUUGUUGGGCAUUCGGUGCAGUAGAAGCAAUGUCAGAUCGUAUUUGUAUUGCAUCUGGAGGCAGCAACAAGUUUCACAUUUCUGCAGAAGAUUUGCUUUCCUGCUGCUGGACUUGCGGUAUGGGUUGCAAUGGUGGAUUCCCUGAGGCAGCAUGGCAGUAUUUUGAAAACCAUGGUCUUGUCACGGGUGGACAGUAUGGAACAAAAGAGGGAUGUAGACCAUACUCAAUUCCACACUGUGAGCACCAUGUUGAUACUGGAAAAUAUCCAAAAUGCCAAGGAAUUCUGCCCACCCCACAUUGCACCAAGAAGUGUGAAGCAGGAUACAAUGCUUCAUAUGCUGAUGACAAGCACCAUGGAGUGUCUGCAUAUGCUGUCCACAGCUCAGUAGAAGCUAUUCAGACUGAGAUCAUGACCUAUGGACCAGUUGAGGCAGCAUUCACCGUCUAUGCUGAUUUCCCAUCCUACAAAUCAGGAGUUUACCAACACACAUCUGGAUCUGCUCUUGGUGGUCACGCUAUUAAGAUUCUUGGUUGGGGAGUGGAAAACAGCACUCCAUACUGGUUGGUUGCAAACUCAUGGAACGAAGAUUGGGGAGAUAAAGGUUUUUUCAAAAUUCUACGUGGAGAAGACCAUUGUGGAAUUGAAUCUGGAGUGGUUGGAGGACAUAUCAAAUGAUAAAACCACAGGGCCAUGGCAGCAUAGCAGUGGACAUAAAUAUUUGCAAUCAGAGCUAACAGACAAAAUUUAGAUUAUUUUCUUUCUUUAUAAGCUUCAAAAUAAAAAAUGUCAAUAUAAGGUUUUUGCUACAUUGUUGAUAAUGAUUUGUAUAAAGGGAUUUUGUGAAUUUUCCAUGUUUCAAGAAAUACUUUGCUACAGAACAAUUCUUAUUCUACAGAAAUUGUAGACCUCACAAA